AUGGUUAGAUCAGGGUUUAGAAUAGGAAAAUAUGGAGUUGUGUCAGAUAUUGAAAAGGCAUUUUUGCAAAUCGGACUCCAUGAACAAGAUAGGCCUUACUUAAAAUUUUUAUGGUGGCAGAACGGUAAAAAAGAACAUUCGAGAAUUUUUCUGCAUAAAAGGGUUGUUUUUGGAGUAUCCUCGAGUCCUUUCUUAUUAGGAGCUACUCUUGAAUUCCAUUUGAAUAAUGUUUCUUCUGAAUAUAAAGAAACAUCUCAAAAACUUUUGAAAUCCUUUUAUGUAGACAAUUGUGUACACAGUGUUGAAAAUAAAGAAGAAUUAGUUAAGUUUAUUCAUGAAUCACAAGAAAUUCCCGCUUCCGCAAAAUUUAAUUUACGUGGGUGGGAGCAUACUCUUUUUGAGGAAUUUGAAUCUGAAUUGAUCGAAACCAAAACAGUUCCUGUAUUGGGUUUAAAAUGGGAUAGUAAAAAGGACGUUUUAUCCAUUGAUUUAAGAGAUUCAGAUCCCAUUGCAAAUAAUCAAUCAGUAACUAAAAGAAAUAUUUUGUCAACCGUACACAAAAUCUUUGAUCCUAUUGGAUUUACCUGUCCUGUAACCUUAAUACCAAAAUUAAUAUUACAAGAAUGCUGGAAAUUGAAAUUGUCUUGGGAUUCUGAGUUGCCAUCUUGGAUGGCUAAGAAAUUUAUUAAGUGGAGAGAUCAACUCAAAAUUUUAAAUGAUAUUUCUAUCCCCAGGUGUUUAGAUAAAAAUGAGGGAGUUAGAGAAAUAACAUUGCACGUAUUUUGUGAUGCUUCCGAAAAAGCAUAUGCUGCUUGCGUAUUUUUAAGGAGUGAAGCUUCAGACACAAUUACUUGUCAAUUAAUACAAGCUAGGUCAAGGGUCGCCCCACUGAAGCCAAUAUCAGUAUCUACGCUAGAACUUUUAGCAUGUAACAUUGGAGCAAGACUUUUCCAAUCUGUGAAGGAAAGUUUACGAAUGGAAAAAGUUGACACACGAUACUGGUCUGAUUCCAGCAAUGCGCUUUACUGGAUUAAGAAGAAUGAAAACUGGGCUACUUUUGUGUUUAAUCGUGUGAAAGAAAUUCGAACUUUGACCGACCCAGAUGAUUGGAAUCACAUCUCCGGUCAAUCAAAUCCUGCCGAUUUGCCUUCCCGAGGAUGCAAAAAAAGAAAAACAGUUGUAAGCGUCACAAAUACAGAAAAUGAAGACAAAAUUUAUGAUCUUUUCUCCGAUUACUCUAAACUACUAAUAGUUAUUUCUUGGGCUUACAGAUUUUUGGAUAAUUGUAAGAAGAAGAAAGAUGCUAGAAAAUUUGGAAACAUAACUGCGGAAGAAAGGAACAGAACUGAAAUUUCGUUGCUAAAAAUAGCACAGCGAGAAUCUUUCACGGGACCUCAUGAUAAACGACUACAGAAUCUCCAAGUUCUUGAGGAUGAUAAUGGACUUUUUCGAAUUAAGACUAGACUCUCGUUAAAAGACGACUUGGAGAAUUUCAAAUUUCCUAUUGUGUUACCAAGUGAUCAUCCAAUAGUUGAAAAGCUUGUUCACUGGAAACAUUGUUCUCUUGGUCAUGCAGGUGUUCAGAUUGUAAUGACCCAACUCAGAGAAGAGUUCUGGAUUCUGAAGUUCAGAAAGACUGUUCGCAAAGUUAUCAGAAAGUGCAUAAUUUGCAAACGAUUCGAUUCACGACCAAUCGCAACUCCAACAGCUCCAUUGCCUGUUGACCGUCUAAGAGCAGCUUCUGUAUUUGAAAUUACAGGAAUAGAUUUUACAGGGCCUCUCUAUCUGAAAGAAAAUCAGAAGUCGUGGAUUGUCAUUUAUACUUGUGCUGUGUUUAGAGCAAUACAUCUGGAACUGACUACUUCACUGUCCACUGAAAGUUUUCUACAGACUUUUCGAAGAUAUGUGGCUCGUAGAGGAAGACCAGCUAUCGUUUACUCUGAUAACGGAACAAACUUGGUUGGAGCGAACAAUCUUCUUAAAAAGAUUAAUUGGGAUGCAGUAGUUAAAAACAGUGCAGUGAAUAAGAUUAACUGGAAGUUUAUCCCCCCAUCUGCACCUUGGUGGGGUGGCUUUUGGGAACGUUUGAUUGGAAUUCUCAAGCGAAUACUUCGCAAAGUCUUAGGUCGGACGUCUCUCAACUUCGAAGAAUUAAAUACUGUCUUAUGUGAUUGUGAAAGUAUCAUCAAUGGACGACCUCUCACGUACGUCAGUGAAGAUAUAAGUGAUCUAGUGCCUCUUACUCCCAGCAUGUUCCUUCAAGAGGUCAGAGAAGUUGGACUACCAGACCUGGAUCUCUUGGACAGCAAAUCUUUGAAUAAAAGGUUUGCCUACCGUCAAAGAUUGAGACAAGAUCUGACGAAACGUUUUCGUUCGGAAUAUUUGGGACAGCUGAGACAAUUCGAUAGAAAAAUGCGAAGUUCUUCACCUAUCAAAAUAGGCGAUGUUGUGCUGAUAUCCAGUGACAACACAAAGAGACUGGAUUGGCCUCUAGGGAAAGUUAUCGAGGUGUUCACGUCACGAGAUGGAAACAUCAGACUCGUAAAGUUAAAGACAAAAAAGGUGGUGAAGUUCUACGAUCAACAUCGAGGCUGUUUCCCCUUGAAGUUGGGGAAAACGAAAAGGAUGUUUUGGAAAAGCGUAUUUGAGUUUCUUGGUGUAAAAACUCAAAGGUGGGAGGAUGUUGGAAAUUCCAAUUAA